AUGGUGAUGAAGAAGACGAUGGGUGGGUCAGUGUUUGCGGUAGAGUGGGUGAUGGUAAUUUUGGCAUUGAUUGCAAGCUCUGUGACUGUGAAUGCAACAAUUACUUGCCCAGAUGCGAUACUGAAAAUACUUCCAUGCGAACCAUACCUGUUGGGCAUCGGCGACAUCACUGUGCCAUGCUGUCAGGGAGCUCAAAACUUGAACCAGAUGGUUAAUUCUACAGCAGAUCGCCGGGCUGUUUGUGCGUGUUUUAAGCAAGUUGGACCUUCUUUAGGGGUUAACGUUGAUAGAGCUAAGAAACUUCCCGAUCUUUGCAAAAUUGAUCUUCGCGGAAUAACCAUUGACUUUACUAUUGAUUGCAGCACAAUUCCAGUUUAA